AUGGUUACGCUUCAGUCCCAAAAUUUGCUAUUGCCAAUACUUUAUUUCUACAUCAUACAAUCAGUGAAUACAAUGCCUAGAAAAUUUUUGGGUCAAAGAAUCCUACCCGAUGUGGAUUUUGUUAGACCCUCCUCGCUGACAUUGACAAACGAAGAAUUGGAUCAAUUACCGCUCAUACCACAAGAUUAUGAUGAAGAUGAAGUUCUCAGUCCUGGAAAACUUCCACAAAGACGGAUUGGUAAGUUUGGAGGGACCAUUAGAAUCAAGAAACGGUUAGACUCGGUUCCCGAAUUGUUCCUACAUGAUUUUAAGAAAAGGCCACAUAAAAAAGGAAAUGAAAAGGUUAAAAAAGUCAUAAAAGUGAUAAAAGCAGAGAAGGAGACAUUGCCAUCACUUCCUGUCCUUGUGGAGGAUCAUUGCGAACCAUUGGGGCUCGAUGAUAAAAUAAAUAGCAUAUUCGUCUCAAAUCCCAUUAUUUUACCAAUACAGGUCGCCAAUGACUAUAAAAACGCAGUAUUCAUGCAUAGCCAGGACUCGAGAAGUACUAAUGAGAUUUUAUAUGAUGAGAUACUUGAAUCUUACGCUUCACAAACAGUUCACACAUCUUCGAAUGUCCUAAAAGAUGAAAUUGAGAGGGUCGUUGACAAUAUCAAGAAACAGAAAAACAAUCCCGGUAUAUCACCAAAAAUUGUGAAUUCUGAUUUGCAAUCGUCUUUUUUCAGUUCACCUGAAUCACCAUCGUUGCUACCUCCAUCUCCACCGAUGCUUGAAAGGAUAUCAAGUCCGGAAUAUACUGGGACAAGUGCCUCAGAUCGAUGGAGCUCAGAUGAUGACUUUUCAGACUUUGGUAGCAUUGUGCCAAGUUUAGUCAAUGAAGAAGGUUACACCACCGCUGCGGGCUCUAUCAGAUCUGCGUACCAAUUGAAGCACGAGAACCCUGCAAAAAACAUGCUACAGCAUCCUAAUGGUAAGACGAUGGUACCCGUAAAGACGCAACACACAUUUGUAAGGCCAAUGAUAAUGUACAUAUCGGAUGAAGAGCAUGAAGAGCAUGAAGAAAACGAAGAGAACGAGGAGCAUAAAAAUUAUAAAGAGACCGAAGAGAACGAAGAGCAUUCUAGAAUAUAUGCGACGCAAGAUGCGAGUGUAGAAGAUCUUUCACAAAUGUCAAUAUCUUCACCACUCGACUCCAUUAUGGCACUACAAAGUAAAAUUGAUGCUAUAGAUAUAUAA